AUCAAAAACGAGUGGGUAGAUAGAACAAACAUAAGUACCCAACUGUGCUUCGCUCCCCAGGCGAAGAGAUGUCCGAAAGAAUGUUAGAUGCGGGCUCGAAAGAAGCAUUUGCUCCCGUCGAAUUCGACGAGAAGACGAUCGAAGAUCAGUUCUCGGACGAGAUCGACAACGACGGCAAUUUGUUCGGAGAAACAGACGAUGCCGCUCUCGUCGUUCGUGUUCCCUACGACGCCAACGAUGGCGACGGGGGGCAUAACCACCCGGCAAGCGGGUCGAACAACACCCGCAAAUACCGCCCAGGUCGCUGGCGAUGGCGUUGCUGGGGACUGGUCCUUGUGGCGUUGUCGAUUGGGGUCCUGGUUUCGGCCGGUAUGCUUUGGCAGGGUAGCAGAAAGCAUCGCUUGGACGACGACAGCAUCCUCGACAGAAAAUCUCACGACCCUUCAGCAUCGAGCAUAAUCCAUAGUGCCGCAGAAAAUUCUAACUAUGGCCAAAAUGGUAUCGAUAUGGACGAGAGGAACAGUCACAGUUACACCAAUAAGCAUCCUUUGGAUCCCUGGUUGUUCUCGGGCGAAGGCAACCACGACACUCCAAACAACCACAACACUCCAAACAACCACGAUUCUCCGACCACCUACGAACGCGGGGUGGAAAGUCGCUUGGAACGGGAACGCCACUUUGCCAACCUGGCCGUCCAAUGGAGCGACGGGGUAGCUCUCUCCUGGAAACACUCGCCGGCCCGAAUGGCCCUCGAUUGGAUCCUCGACGACGAUCCUAUGCACCUACCGACUUACGGCGACCGCUUUGUUUUCCAGCAGCGAUACAUUGCGGCCGUGUUUUACUUUGCGACCAGGGGGCAACAACAAACCGCCCACGAGGAUCUCCACGACGACAGCAGCAGCAGCGGCGGCAGCGAAGACAGCGCACCGUUUCUGGCCAACACGGACGUUUGCCUCUGGGCCAACUCUAACGGAAAGUCGGGUAUCUUUUGUGACGACGAAGGAAACAUCGUGAAGCUUAAUUUUAGUGAGUGGAUAGUAUCGGGUGCCUGAUAUUCAGAAUUAAAGGCCAAACGGCCGUGUCAAAAGCUUGGAAGUACAGAGAGUGCGCUCACGACAUUUUUUCUAUUUUUGUGUUUUGCAACCCAAAGGAGAUUUUGGUCUCGCCGGAACCCUUCCCCGAGAACUCGGCUUUCUCAGCGGGCUGACCUCGAUUAACCUCGGUGAGUUUUUGCAAACGCUGCUUUUCGUUUCUUCUACGACGCAGUUCUGUGUACGUGCUUGAUUUCUUCCCUAUUGCUCACCGUAUGUUUCUGAUUCGCUCUACGAUUUAUAUAUGUAUGUAUUCCAAUCAUCGAACGUGUUUCGAUAGAGGGCAACGACAUAUCCGGGACGGUUCCCUCGCACUAUGGACUCCUGGUCAAUCUCGAACGCAUGGGACUUGGUACGUACGAUGGACGAUAGAUACUUUCAGAAAACGAGUCGUUCCCGAAUUCGUUCUUUUUUGUCAUCGAUUAUUCACCUCCUCCAUUGAUUUAUGUGCAACCUCUCCUAGAAUUCAACAAAAUUACGGGCACAAUUCCCGAGGAACUUUCGAAUCUCGGUGCUCUUAUGGAACUUGAUCUUGGUACGUUUUUUGCUUGGUUAUUUAUGGAAUAUGUUCAAUGGAGAAGAUGACUAAAUUUUAAAACUCGUUUCACGUUUUUCCUCACAAAAUUCUGUACCCGCAAUUCCACAACGUGAUGCAAACCACCAGACAAGAAUCACUUGACGGGGUCUUUGCCCGCGGACUUGUUGGGACUAAAAUACAUCGAAAGUA